AACAAAACAAGGAAAAUACACAAAAUGAGCGGACAAUGUCUUGACAUUUGCUCAAUGCUCAGUAGUCAGUGGGCUGCGCGCCAUCGAAGAGGACGGACGUGUACAACUAUGUAUAGAUUUCUUAUAUUAUUUGUGUUAAGUACAACUUCAGCUGCCCAAAGCGAUGUUGAGACGUCAAAAAGAUCGAUACAAGGAAAUACAAAUGGCAACAAAAAAAAUUUUAACUUGAAUUCAGACAGCGAACUCAAUUUGGACCCUAUCCCAAAACCUUUCGUGACACGUCAGAAAAUUCAACCGACUACAGAUAAGGAAGAAAGUGAAAUAAAUUUGGAUCCAGAUGCGAAAGUCAUAGCUGAAUACUUCUCCUCCGGGCAGUCUACAGCCAGUCAAUCACACACGAUCGCUGCAGACGGCCUCAGUAAUAAACGUGACUCACCAAGUAACGCGACAGAUUCCUCAGACGAUGUUAAUUUGGAUCAGUCGGAUAUAAAUAUAAAUUGCACGAGGGACGAUGGCACGCCGGGUGUGUGUGUCUUGUAUUAUCAAUGCAACACCGACGACGGUCAAGUUAUCACUGAUGGCAACUCGCUCAUAGAUGUCAGGCUAAAAGACGGCGCCUGCUCACACUACCUACAAGUCUGCUGCGUGUUGAACGUAGUCCAGGACAAACCUGUCAUAUUGGAAGAUAAAGUGCCUGAUCUUCCCGCAAAAUCCAAAAAAUGUGGUUGGAAUAAUCCAGCACUUAAUAUAUUCCAAACGAGAGAAACAGCUGGUCUUGAUGACGGCAUUUAUGCCAAUUACGGCGACUUUCCCUGGAUGAUAGCCGUUAUUAGAAAUCGAAACGAGACUGAAGAAUGGUCGAAGAAUGACUACCUGGGUGGCGGAUUCCUGAUACAUCCAGCUGUAGUAGUCACAGCAGCUCAUAAAGUGGAGCAGUACAAUCCUCACCAGAUAAAAUGCCGCGCCGGGGAGUGGGACACUCAGACCACUUAUGAACUCUUCGAACACCAAGAGAGGGACGUCAGCAAAAAAAUCAUACACGCAAACUAUUUCAGAGCAUCGCUGUACAACGAUAUCGCUGUGCUUUUCCUGAAGAGCCCAUUCUCACUGAACGGAUCACCCAAUAUAAACGUCGCUUGCGUCGGUGCUAGUAUGCCUCCGCCAGGGACCUUGUGUUUCAGUAUGGGAUGGGGCGCAAAUUUCAAGAAGAAAAAUGUUUACGCAGUCAUACUUAAAAAAGUACGUUUGCCGCUCGUGGACCCUGAGAGAUGCGAAACACUUUUGCGCAAAACACGUCUGGGACCUUUCUUCCGGCUGGACAAGUCGCUGACGUGUGCUGGAGGUGAAGACGGCGUGGACACGUGUCGUGGAGACGGAGGGUCCUCUCUGGUGUGCCCUGUGCAGAUGGCUGACGAGAGCACACGUUAUGAAGUAUUUGGGAUGGUUGCGUACGGGAUUGGUUGCGGGAGUAAGGAUGUGCCAAGUGUUUACGUCAACAUUCCCUAUUUGAAGCCCUGGCUUGACGCUAUUAUUGCUAGUGAAGGGCUCUCCACGGAAACAUAUAUCUCAUAAGACUGUUUCAUGUCGACUAUAUAGAUAUUAAUUCAGAUUAAUAAAAAUGAAGGCUAUAAAUUAUAAAAAGUCAGUAGCUGUGCUACUGCAUAUAAAUUCCACUGGUGUCACCCAAACUGAAGGAAACACAUUCUGAAGCUGAGCAAUGAGUUGUUUGAAAAACAUUAAUAUAUAUAAUUACUAUGCAUACUGAAUAUAAAUUCAUUUGUAGUGUGAUUUUAUUAAAUAUUUAUUAUAUCUAUCACAGAUAAAAAAUAAAAUAAAAAAAAGACUAAUACACAUGUACUAUGGAUUAGUUCAAAUGUAUGAAAAAUUUUCAAGAUGUAAAAAAAUUUACUCAAAUUACUUAUUAUUUUAUACAUUAAAAUAAAAAUAUGUAUUUUUUUCUGUUUCAGUAUAUAUGUAAUGUUCGAAUUAAAAUUUAUAUCUAAAAGAUAAUGUAUAAGUAAUACUAAUUACAGUGCGUUAUCUGUAAUGUGAUAUGUCAAAGUCAAAAGAACGCGAAAGUUUAAAACACUUAUUUUACUUGGCAGAAAUUGCAAUAAAAAGUGUAAAAAACUGAAUUUUCACAGAGAAAUAUUAACGGAGUAAGUUAUACACGAGCAUUUACCUGUUAAUUAAAAAAAAUAUUCUCAAACAUAAAUUACAAACGGCCCCAAUUGGGUAGUAGUUUACCAACUUAAGGAUAUUGCAAUUUUUUAUUUCGAGAUCAUCCCAAAAGGGUCAUGAGAUACUUUCAAUGCAUUUAAGUGGCUCAUACGCCUUUUUUAAUAUCACAAUAUAUUACAAGGGUCAUAGAACCGAGAAGUAUUAAUUGAAUUGACAAAUAGCAUUUGAUUGAUAUGUGCCUUCAUAGUUUUAAUACAAAAAAAAAAAAAAAAGACAUUUUUAUAUAUAAAAUAUAUAAUUUUUAAUGUCUCAAUAUGUGUGAUAAAUAAAAUCUAUAAAAUAUGUUAUUCUUGAUUUUAAAUUGGGGUAAAAUUAAACAAUGUUUUUUAUUCCUAUCAAAUAUACAUACAUUUUUUAUUCUUCUCAGUGUUGGUAUGACCGAGUGAAGUAUUGUAUAAUGUGUUGUUGUAGUUUUACAUCGUAGGUCCUGUGUUUUUUUUAUAGCAGAAAUUGCAUCUGCCGGCUGUACUCGAGUACAUGACAAAAAUAGUACUUGAGAUCGGUACAAAAAUAUGUGGCACUGUUUUGGCUAUUUUUGAAGUGAGAUUCUCUUCCCAAUGUUUUGUUAAUUUUUAUAAUGUAUAAUACCUUUUUAUGACAAAAAUCUUUGAGAACAUUAUGUACCUACUGUGGGAGUGAAUUGAUUUUUACAAGAUAAUGAAAACAAUUUUAAAAUUAGUUGAUGGUAUAUUUUGUAUCAAAAAUAAAUCAUUAUAAUAUCUCUAAACAACAUGUAAGGAAUUAUUGUACUUUAUUGCAAAAUAAAAUAUCUUUUCUUAUAGAUAUAA